AUGACUUCAAACGGAACAGAAACGGGUGGACAAUUGCAAGAAGUAUUAAAAUAUCUUGGAUUUACGUCUGGUUUACGUUUAAAUGAAACCGAGUCACAAGUACCAAUAAAAUCAAUAUGGCCAUCAGUAUUAAAUCUAAUACCUCUUUCAUUAGGAGUUGUUGGUUUAAUUUUUAAUAUUCUUGCUUUAUUAAUAUUUACUGCAUCAAGAACAUUUCGACAAAGUCCAUUUCGAUGUUACAUAUACGCAUUUGUACUUGUUAAUUGUGCAAGUAUAUUAAGUCAUUCAUGGCUUUAUUUAGUAUUUUAUAUUGUUGAACCAGUACGUUUAUGUAAAUAUAUCCAAUUUUUACAACAAUCUCUAUCAACAGCAUCACUUUGGAUUAUGGUUUUAUUGUCAUGUGAACGUUCAUUUACGUUUAUACGACCAUUUACAGUUAAACAUGUUUUAAAAUCACGUACAGUAUGUUUCAUAAUUAUUUCGGUAAUAUGUUUAUGUUUUGUAUUACAUAUCGAUGAACUAAUAUUCGUUGAUAUAAAAGCAUUUCGUUGGGUUAAUUUUGCAUACGGUAUUUGUUCAAUAAAACGACGUUCAAUUUUAACAAUGGAACGUAUUAAAAUAAUAACACAUUCCCAUGCAUUUAUACUUCCUUUUUUAUUAAAUUCAAUCCUUGUUAUAUAUAUUUGUUAUAAAAUUUGUCAACGACGUCAACGUAUAUUACAAAAAAAACUAUCAAUUCUAAAGAACAGUAAAUUUCGUCGAUCAAAAAUAUCAUUAGCUAAUGAAAUAACAUUAACAUUAUUAUGGCAAUCAACAUGGUUAUUAAUAACUUAUUUUCCAACACAUCUUUAUUAUUUUUUAAUAUCAUUUAAUUUUAUGCAUGAUCAUGAUCGUGAUAAUUCAACAUUAGUUUUUUUAAUACGACAAAAUUUACUUAUUUAUUUGGCAUUUUCUCCAACACUUUAUGUUAUAUUAAGUCCAACAUUAAGACGAGAAAUUCGUAUACAAGUAACUCGAACAUAUAAACAACGGAGAAAUACAAAUUCAUCAUAUGUAUCAGUAACAAAUAAAAAAGUAGAUAAAUUUUUAAAUGAUGAUCGACAACCACGUUUAACUAUAUUAAUUACAAAAAGUGAAGAACUACCAAGAAAAUUUCCUUCAACAACAACAAUAAUGAAAUCAAAUAAACUUUUUAAUCAAUACGAAUCACAAAGUGCACCAUGUUUAUCAGUCUAUACAAAUAAACAUGAAUAUUAUCAACAUAUGAAAACAGAACGAUCUUCAACAUUGAUGCAUUAA